AUAUAUUUUUUGUUUUUGUAUUACAAUAAAGUGUCGUCGUAUGACAAUGAUAUUUGUCAAAAUAUGACAAACCAAUGAUAUUUAUCUAGACGUAAGUAAUAAGCCAAUAAUGAGACAGAUUUUCUCGUCAUAUUGUUAUUUAUUUAUAUAACAAAUUAUAAAUAAUAAAGUCCGAAGACGUUCUUUAUGUGAGAAUUAAACGAUUAAUAUAAACAUUAUUGAGAUAUAUUGAUAUAUAGAUUAUGAAUUUGUAUUGUAUUGUGGUUAUUUGUGACGAAAUAUUAAUUGGAAUUUGGACAAAUGAAAGCGGGAACGUUUGAAUCAAAUUUCGGAUGAGUUAGUGGAGAAAUUUUUGACUUUAAGGUUGGUAGUUCUGAUUGGUAUUAUUAUAUGUCAAUCUUUGUCGUCGAUAUGUAAUUUUUAGAAGAAAUAAAAUAGAGUUUAUUUAUUAUCAUUUUGAUUUAAUGUUAAUAGAAUUUUUCAUUAAAUAUUUAAUGAAUAUAUUCUUUCGUGUAAAUGCAACUACAGCGGCUCUCUCGUCUAUAUUAAAAUUAACAAUACAGUAAGGAUCGAAUAUUUUGCAAAGUAGAUAUGAAAUAAUUGCCUGAUUAAUUUUACGCGAACGAGUUCUUACGAAGUUUAUAUUAUUUAAUAUUCUUAUAUCACUGGCAAUAUUACAAUUAAUCGUUGUUUAAAGAAAAUGGCCGAGAGUAAUAACAAAAUGUCAAAGGAUGUUUCCUCUGUGUCAGAAGAUACCGAUGAAAAGACGACAGAUAUUAGUCGUUACUUUAAUAAUGCACCACGUACGAUUUUUGACGAUAUCGUGGCACCGAAUGAACAAAACUAUUUUAAUACUGUAUCAGACUCUGAGGAUGUUUCAAGGUUUAAUUCACUUUUAAAUUGUGCAACGAAUGAUUUGUUUUCUGUAGAUACUUUAUUAGAUAAUGAUCGAAUCUCAGAUCAUACGACGCACAAUAAUUUACAUAGAGAUACUUGGAUACCAUCGGAACGUACUCGUAAAAUUUUACGAUCCAUUGCUACAUCCACAGUAGGAACUACUUUUCUCGAGAGAGACAAUUUAACAAUGCCAGGAUUGGCGUUGCAAGGAGAUAUGCCUGAUUUAAUAAAAACUGCUGUCACCCAUUUUCUUGGGGAAGAUGAAGAGAUGCAAAGAAAUGUACUUACCGCCUCAGAUGUCACACAAGACGAACGUGGACUGAGAAAAUUAAUACAAACUGGUUGUUAUAGAGCUGCCAUUAAUUUGUCUGGAAGACUUAUUUCCAUCUAUGCUCAAGGUUAUGGAAAAAUAAAUCAAUCAAGUAAACAUACUCCACAUUCUUUAUAUUUAUGGUAUACGAGACUUUCCUUAUUAGCAAAGUUAAAACAAAACGAAUUAUUAGAAAAAGAAUCUAAGCCAUUUGGUGAUUUGGACAAGCCAGACAUGUAUUUUACAUUUUAUCCAGAAUUAUAUGGUACUAAACCAGGUUCCAUGGCUUCAUUUGCCUUUAGAUUACUUUUAGCAGAAGUCCCGUAUUAUUAUGGGAAACCAAAGGAAGCAUUAGAUAAACUACACAAAGUUUUAAGCGUUGUCAAUGAAAUUUUGUCAAAUUUACAAGCUGACCUUAUCAGGGAAGCUAAUGAUACCAAUGUUACUAAUACAGAACAGCAAGAUGCUAUUAAAUUAUGGUCACGCAGAAAAUCAAGAGUAUUAAUAUCUAUCAUUAACUGUGCAGUUGGAAUGAAAAAUUACAUUUUGGCAGUAGAUAUAUUAGAAGAAUUAAGCAAAUCUCAUGAUUGGACGACAGAGCAAUUACAAAUAUUUCGAUCUAGCAUAGGAAGAAUAUAUUUGUUUCUUGGGGAUGUCUCUACAGCUGAGAUAUUAUUAAAUAAUAGAAUUAUUCAGACAACUACAACUACUGUUAGAGAAUUGGUAGAUAGAGGUUUAAUAGCAGUCGCAAAAAAUUCAUUUCAAGAAGCAUUUAAUUAUUUUCAAACUGCAUCUACUAUGGAUCCCUCUAAUGUUAUGCUGAUAAAUAAUAUGGCUGUUUGUCUUCUAUAUACUGGUCAGCUUAAAGCUGCUGUACAUUUGUAUGAAAAUGCAGUGGCAAGAAAUCCUAUGAAAAGCUUACAAGAACCAAUUUUGUUGAAUAUGUGUACUUCCUACGAGUUACAUACAAAUCAUUGUAAACAGACCAAAUUACAUUUACUUCGACAGCUAAAUAAAUAUAAAGGAGACGCUAUUGAUAUCCAGUGUUUAAAACUUGGUAUGUAGUUAAUACGAAAGAAGAAGUUUCUUAUGAAAAUUUAAUUAGCAUAAAAUGGCAACCAACGAGAUAUUUAAUAUAAAACAGUAUGUAUAUAUAUACACUGUAUAUUUUAGAAUAACUCUAUCUCCUGGACAAAUUGUCUUGGAAAAAUAAACAUUGUUUCACAAGAUCAUAAUGUGGUCGUGAAUAUAAUACAUUAAGUUUAAUUUUAAAUAGACAUUAAAAAUGUCUUAUCAAUUGUACAGAAACGUAUAUGAGAAUAAAAUCUAAUAGUUAUUUGAAGCUCAUGAAUAUAACAUCAUAGAGGAAGAGAUGUAUCAAAAAAUAAGAAAUUCUACAUUAGCGUCAAAGUAAAAUAGCUUUUAUUACAUCGGGAAACGAAGACAUUUUAACGAACGAUCAACAAGUGCUAAAUUUCAUCCUUCUUUCUCUCUUUUUCUCUUUCUAUAUCAAAUCCUUCCUUCGAUUCCUGUAUUAUUUUUUUUUUCUUAUCAUCUAUUCUGCCAUUAUUUCCUUCUCUAUCUCUCUCUCUCUCUCUCUCUCUCUCUCUCUCUCUCUCUCUCACUCUCACUCUCACUCUCACUCUCACUCUCUCACUCUUUCUCUCUAUCUAUUACUCUUACCAAUCCUUUUCCUAACAGUUAAUUACGAAUUCUUCCUACUCAUUAUUUAUAUAUAUCAUUAUUUUUUUUUUCAUUUUUUUUUCUUUUCCUUUUUUUUUUUUUUUUUUUUUUUUUUUAUUGACUUAUCCAAAAGCGUGUUGUAACGUUUACUGAAAAUAUAUACUACGUAAGAAUAGGAAUACGUCUUGAAUUUCGUUCAUUUUCAUUCAUUUUACGAUUAUCGUGCGUUACUGUUAAGCAUAUACUCUAUAUCUUUUUCUUUUCUUUCUCUCCACAUCUCUUUCUCUCUCUCUCUCUCUCUCUCUCUCUUUCUCUCUCUCUCUCUCUCAUCCUCACCUUUCUUUGCCUCUUCUCUCUCCCUCCCUCCCUUCCUUUCACCCUUCCUUUCACCCUCUUUCACCCUCUCAAUUUCUCUCUCUCUCUCUCUCUCUUUCUCUCUCUCUCUCUCUCUCACCCUCUCUCUCUGUCUCUCUCUCUUUCUCCCUCAGACGCGUACAUACAUACAACAUAUACUCAGGCGCAAAUGUGAAUAACACCUUGCGCGAUCGCGUUACAUUAUAGCACAUGUUUGAUCGAAUUUCAAAACUGCAUUCUCUCCCUGCAGAAAAAAAGGCACGAACUGGCGGAAAGGUCGGCCUAACUUUAUAAUAUUUCAUUUAUUUAUUAUGGAUGGAACUUCGUCACAAUACAUUAUUCUUUUCCCUUUUCUUAUAUUUUCCAUUUCUUUUUUAUUCUUUCUUAUUUCCCCUUUCGAUCAUUAUCUUAAUUCCGCAGUAACACACGAAAGAUCUUUGGAGAUGAAGUCCACAGAUCAAUGUUAUGCAAGCCAGCGACGUAGUGUAUAGGAGGUGCCUCAUCGAUUGUAAUUAUAAUAAUCAUUUUAAAUGAUCAAUAAUAAUACACGAUCGUAAUCGUAGAAAAAUUUCGUCUUUUUUCUAUUUCUUUUUUUUUUUUUUGUUUUUCGUCUGAUAAUACUGAAUACCAUGUUCGUUUAUCAUAAUUCCUUUGUUUUUUUCUUUUUUUUUUUCGUUUAAAUCAAAAAGCAGUAUCAAUGGAAAUAAUUCGAUAUUUCUGGUACAAUGAUUUAUCAAAAUAUUUUUUUAUCCAGCUAAUCAUAUUUUCUCUCUCUCUCUCUCUCUCUCUCUCUCUCUUUCUCUCUUACGAUUACCGUAAUUGACUAAAGAGAAUGCCAAAGGAGAUAAUUGCUUAAGUAUAUAUAAAUAUAUGUAUAUACGUGUAUAUAUAUAUAUAUAUAUAUAUAUAUAUAUAUAUAUAUAUAUAUAUAUGUAUGUGUAUAUAAAGAUUUCAUUGAAACGUUUAACAAAUUACAUUGUUCUGCGGCAUUCUUGAGGUACAUGGAGUAUACAAAAUGAAUAUAUCUGUAUAACUCGUAGAUUCAUUGUCAGAAAUAUGUAUGUACAUACAUACAUACAUAUAUACAUACAUAAUAUAAUAGGCUUUUAUAAUAUAAAAAAACUAUAAUAAAUGCACAUUUUAAUUGUUGCGAUAGGAAAAUAUAAGGAAUUAAUAUUUGAGAUCAAAAUAUAAUUACUCAUAUAGUUCAAAAUUUCAAUUGCAAUUCUCGCUAUUGAUUUAAAUACGAAUCAUUAAGAAAAGAUUAGAUUUACGAUAGAAUACACUCUUUUUAUGUAAAAAUUUCUAAUGGAAUGCAAUAAUAUAUUAUAUAUAAUAUUAUAUGUUCAAUUAUAUUUUAAUUUAAUCUUUGGCGAAAAUAUAGAAAGGAAAUGUCGAUCGGGUUUAUUCACGAAUGGAAAGAAAUUUUUUAUCAAUUUUGACAAAAUAUCAAGGAAAAAGUUUUCGAAAGAAAAACAAGAUAUUAAGCAUGUAUCUAUGUACAUACAUAAAUAAAUUACAAAUAUAUGUAUGUGUGUACACCUUAGGAAAUCGAUUUAGAAAUAUAACAAAUCGUUACUUAAAAUUCCAUGGGAUUCUCUUUCUCUCUUUCACUUACUCACUCACUCACUCAUUCAAUCUCUCUCUCUCUCUCUCUCACUCUCACUCUCACUCUUUCUCUCUCUCUCUCUCUUUUGAUUGAAUCUUAUUACAUAUCGUAAAUAUAAAAAUUGCCCGAUCGAGAAUCAAUGGAGUUAGCCUUUGGCCUUACGUUUCGAUUUGUUCUAUUUCUAAUGAAUAAAUGUUCUUCGACGUAAAUUUUUCUUUAAUUAGUCAACUUAAAUCGAAGAGAAUAAAUGCACGUUAUGGCAUCUUUAAAAGCUAAUGAUGAACGUAUGAAAAAAAAAAGAAGAACAAACAAAAAAUUACAUACCAAGUGCGAAAUUUUCUUUUUUCCAUUAUAUGGCGCAAUUGUAAAUAGUUAUAAAUUAUAAAAAAAAAAAAGAGUAAUUCGAAGUUGGCACUGCCGACACUACGUUGCUAAGACCUUUUUAUCUUUUUCACUUUUCAUUAAUCUUUUUCAAGUACGCGCUGCAUAUUACAUAUCACCAUAAUAAUAACAUCCACGUCGCUAUUUUUCUUGUCGAUUAAAUGUAAUGAUGUAUAUAAUAUAUAUAUAUACUAUAUAUUUACGUACCAAUUUUUAGUAAAUUUAUUUCUUUUAUUCCUAAGACGUAUGUAUUAUCCCUACUAUGGUGUAAUGCUUACGCUUUCUAAUAAUCUAGAAGAAACGGUACAUUAUUGUCUGCGGUGGUUUUCUUUUUUUUUUUUUUUUCUUUCUUUCUUUCCCCGAUUAUUUCUCAUAUAUACAAUUUAUUUAUAUCUUUUUUUUUUUGGUACUUGCUUACGUAACAUAGUCAUGGAAAGCUCAAUGGUAUAACCACUGGUAUUCAUCGAGUACAAUUUAAUGCGAAGGAUCGUAGUUACUCCGCGAUACUCCUGAGGAUCUUAUAAUCACAAUUGAUUCUGUCGCCGUAACAAAACGUUUCGUAUAAAUUACAUAUUUUUUUAAAAAAAUAUCACCGAUCUCCUGUCGCACAUUAUACGCAUGUAUUAUUUUGCCAUGUACACAUUAUAUGGGGAAAGUAAUUUAAAAAAAAAAUAAAAAAAGAAAAAAAAAAAGAAAAAAGAAAAGAAAAGAAAAGAGAAAAUAUACGAAAGGAAAAAAAGAACAAAAA